AUGGGCAUACGCAAGACUCUGAAGCGCCGGGCGCAGAAGGAGAGGAAAGAGUUUGACCUGUCACAGCUCGGAAACAAGACGCAGGGCAAACCGGCCGUUGUGGACGAACAGCUGAAGGCGGACUCUGGCGAUUCUAUCUCGCUAAAUGAGCCUGCUAGGUACACCCACUGCCGCCAUAUCUUCUGUCGGCUCUGGGACGCCGUCUUCGCCCUCAUCCUCGACCUCAAUGGCCAUGCCAGAACGCACCGUGAUGCUACUAGCAAGGCAAGCCACAUGCCACAUGGAGCGUAUCAAGGCGAGCAGGAAACCUGCCGCAGCCAGGAACUCGAUCCCUGCUCCCCGGUCUGGGACUACCGCCUCUUGCCCUGGAAGUUGUGCCAUCCCCACUUCAAGACACCACACAAGAUCCCUCCCGAGUACAGCCGUGGUGGCUCGUUGGCGCGUGCCGAGCGUCGGUCGCCGUCUGCUGUCCCCUUACCGCUCGAGGUCGUCAGCAACAAGCCGCCGUUCGACAGUGCCGACGAGUAUUGGCGCGUCCGAUUUACCGGUACGACGCCCGAGCUACACCAGAUGGUCUGCCGCCAGAGCCCAAGCGCCGUAAUGAACAUGGGCCGAUGGCCCAUGUAG